AUGUUUUCUAUCCUACUACUGCCAGCAACGUGAGUGCUGCUAUUUGUGCAUUCCCGGGCACUUGCUGAUGCAACGUGCUACUUGCCUAGUCCAAGUUCAGACAAGUUGGUGAUCCUUACAUCAAUUUCAAUGAUUCACCUGGUAUGCCUAUCACCUCCGAAAGACGCGAGGAGACGCGUUGCGCAGUAAAUCACUACUGGCGAGCAGUGUGCCCCGAAAUGACUCGUUUUGAUGUGAGUGAUGGCGCAAGCGACGCUGUCGCGAAUGCGGCGCUUUCAUCUGGUCCAGGUCGUACUGCCUUGACCGUCUUUGCUAUGUUGCUGUCUUGCUACAGACUGACGAGACCAGCACUUCUCAUGCCUAGCUGAAAGGCCCGUGGCAUACGUCUUUCCGCGAUCCCUGGGUGCAUUUGACAGGUGUCGCUAGGAAUCGCGGGCGAGGAAAGCUUCCAUCGCCGGUAUACACCGCUACAACGAUACACCAUAUUCAUCUUGCGCCGGGUCAGACGCACGUCGAUAACAGCGGGCAGGUCCAGACGUCCCCUUAUGAUGAUGCGGCGCUGCGUGCCGCUGCCGAAGCUGAGAUAGGCUCUAGCUCUCCCAGAUUGGAGCGCGAGAGGACCCUCGCUUUGCUGCGCUCGGUCAAUAUACUCAAACAUGACGGAUCUCAACAAUCAAAGUCGCACCGGGUUGGUGGUCAUGGUCCUGCUGCGCCUGUAGGCUCGGACCGGAACAUAGCCAAAGCAAGGUCGCCUCGUCAGGCUCGUCAAAUAGAGCAUUUCUCGACAAUCAACGCUUCUGGUCGUACGCCUACUGCAGCUCAUUCUUUAGGCGUCGGCAAGUCGGAUCAAGUCUCUCAUGCAGAUCUGCUCUCGAAUGGCGAUGGGGCCUCUAAUACUGCACGGGGUACCUUCACGAAGGCUGUUGCGUCACAAGAGAGUCGUGAUGCGUUUCCUAGUCUCCCUCAGCGGAGUCAAGACUCUGGGCUGCCGGCGCAAUCCUCUGUUCGAGAUAUUAGCGCACCCGCGCCGAGCCGCUCACCUCCAGAACUCAGCUGGUCUCAGGUGGCAAGGGGAGCUGCGGCCCGUUACCGCGCAGGAAGCAUGUCUAUCAGCGGCGCGAAAGUUGCUGAGGACUUAGCCUUACACGUUGCUUCCAAUUCCCAAAGAGGAUCUCGGACUUUGCAGAGCGCAACACCUACAAGUCAUGCGAGCGCGAUGGAGCGGCCAGAGGGAGUUCCAGAGGCGCGCAAGAAUGACGCUAGAGGGCACAAGUUUCCGAGCAGCAGCAAGUUGAGCAAUCCUCAUACAUCUCAUCUAGCCAAGGCUACAGCGACUGGGCGGCUCUCUUGGUCGGAAGUCGCUGGUCGGUUGGGACAAGACGUGACCAGCGGAAAGCUUCAUGGCACGGUCAAACGGCUGCCUCGAUGA